GGCAAACAGUAACUGAUAAUUCAACUUUGGCUAGCCAGAACUUUGGACUGGUAAAAGCAAAAUUGUUUCGGACCAGGUACAGGUGAAUACAAAUACAUACCUCCCUCUUCCCUUCAAGCGCUUAAACACCUGAAAAAGAGCUUCAUCUCCAUAUCUCCUCCAACAGACAAUGGAUAGAAUAAUUACGACAGGGAAACUUCACAUCAUUUUGAUACAACUAUGGCUAAACCAAGCACUACUGGCAACAGCUGCAGGGCCAGUAUGUCAAGAAUCCUGCGGGGAUAUUACCUUUCCAUUCCCGUUUGGAAUUGGAAAAGGCUGUUAUAUGAGUGAGAUGUUUGAGAUAGUUUGCAACGAUUCUUUUACACCUCCAAAACCUUUCUUAACAAGCAUCAACAUGGAAUUGCUGCUCGAUCCAUCAAUAGGUUCAGAAAGGAUUACAGUCAAUAGCCCAGUUAUUAGUUCCAAUUGCAGCAACAAGUCCUCAACUAGUACUGAGGUUUCCCUGUUAGGCACUUCUUUCCUUUUCUCGAACGAGUCUAAUAGAUUUACAACCAUAGGUUGUGACAGUUAUGCUAUGCUUACUCAGAGUGGAAACACGGUCGGAGGGUGCUUGUCUAUCUGUAGAGACAAUAGCUCAAGUGGCUGCUAUGGCCUUAACUGCUGUCAGACCACAAUUCCACCUUAUGUCCAAUCUUUUGAAGUAAACAUAACAAACCCUUUUAAUAGUGAUGGAGAUGGUCGUGAUAGGUGCAAGUCUGCUUUCAUGGUUAGCCAGAAUUGGCUUGCAUCGAAAUCAACAAACCUUGAUGAAGUGCGACAAAUGGAUCAUGUGCCAGCAGUGCUUGACUGGGCAAAUGAUCAAGGCUAUUGUGAUAUUAGUAAGAAUCCAAACAUCACUUGUACCUCAAGGUAUUGCUGGGCACAACUAACCGAAAAUCAAUUUUGUAUUUGUAGACAAUGUGAAGAUGUGGGCAAAUGCACAAAUCCAAAGAACUAUUACUACUGUCAAUUGAAAUGCAUGUAUAACCGAGGAGGCUACAACUGCCCUUGUCCUGUUGAGCAUCAUAAAGAGUACAGCAUUUGCUACCCUGAUAGCGCUUUUGCUGGAAAAUCUCGAAUCAAGACCAUCCUUAUAGGUUGUGGAUCAGGACUCGGACUCCUGCUAUUAAUCAUCGGUAUAUGGUUAUCCUACAAGAUAAUAAAGAGAAGACGAGCUACGAAGCUCAAACAAAAAUUUUUCAAAAGGAAUGGCGGGUUGUUACUAGAACAACAACUGUCUUCUACAGAAAGUCAUGUCGAGCAAACAAAAGUAUUCACUUCCAAGGAAUUGGAGAAGGCAACUGACAACUAUCAUACGAGUCGUAUCCUUGGACAAGGAGGUCAAGGGACUGUCUAUAAAGGAAUGUUGACGGAUGGAAGAGUUGUUGCUAUUAAGAAGUCCAAAUUAGUGGAUGAAGACAAGCUCGAUCAAUUUAUCAAUGAGGUCGUGAUUCUUUCACAAAUCAACCACAGAAAUGUUGUCAAAUUGACCGGAUGUUGCUUGGAGACAGAAGUUCCUUUACUGGUGUAUGAGUUCAUUCCUAAUGGAACACUCUUCCAAUAUAUACAAAAUCCAAACAAAGAGUUCCCAAUUACAUGGGAAAUGCGUCUGCGGAUUGCUACUGAAGUUGCAGGUGCUCUAGCAUAUUUGCAUUCAGCAGCUUCUAUGCCUAUUUAUCAUCGAGAUAUCAAGUCCUCAAACAUACUUUUGGAUGAGAAGUAUAGAGCAAAAGUAGCGGACUUUGGCACUUCGAAAUCAAUUGCAAUUGAACAAACACAUGUGGCAACUCUAGUACAAGGAACUUUCGGAUACUUGGAUCCUGAGUACUUUCAAUCAAGCCAAUUCACAGAGAAGAGUGAUGUUUACAGCUUUGGAGUGGUACUUGUGGAGCUUUUAACAGGGCAAAAACCCAUAUCGUCAUUGCGCUCAGUGGAAGAGAGAAGUUUAGCUACAUAUUUUCUAAUGACAAUGGAAGAGAAUCGUCUGUUUGAAAUUCUUGACGCUCGAGUUCUCAAGGAGGGUGGAAGAGAAGAGAUUAUUGCAAUGGCUAAGAUGGCAGAAAAAUGCUUGAACUUGAACGGGAAAAAAAGGCCUAAAAUGAAGACUGUGGCAAUAGAGUUAGAAGGGAUUAGAUCAUCUCAAGGAGUUUCUUCAACAAUUCAACAAGAUUAUGAAGAGGUUGAUUAUGUUGUUGGUGACUAUACUGCAUCAUGGGAUGUUGCUUCAUCUUCAACUGGGUCGCUGAAUAGCACCACCAUACGUGCCCGUUUUGAUGUGAAACCACUACUACCUUCCAAUAACACCUCAUGAAUCAAAGAAAAAAGAAAUCGUCCAUUCGUUGUAAUCUUAUACACUGUUUUCGGGAAUGUUUCAUUUUUGCGUCGUCUUGUUUUUGUUUUUGUUUUUCAACUGAUGUACCAUUAAGAGAUUUGCCAUUUUAAAUUCUUUCCCCUCUAUCCAUUAGUUCCUAUUUC